AUGCCCUUUGCUACAGACAUCCUAACUGACCCUUCAGUCUCAGCCUCUGCUAGACAGCAAGCUCUCGAUCGCAUCCACUCUGACCCCGGCGUCCCCCAGAGUUCGACGACCUCGUCGUUCUGGACCCUGGGACCACACAAGUUCAGCCAGGAAGCUGCAAAGCCUCUGCCCAAAGAAGCCGAUGUUGUUAUCAUUGGCUCUGGUAUUACCGGAGCAGCUAUUGCACGGACCUUGCUCCAGAACCGCGCUUCAAAGCCCUCUUCUACCUCCCAUCCAUCCGUAGUCAUGCUUGAGGCUCGCACAGUCUGCAGCGGUGCAACCGGCCGCAAUGGCGGUCACAUCCUGGAGACAGCCGACGACUACGCCGAGUUCGCCGAUAUCUUUGGCGUGGACGCCGCGCGUAAGCUUAUCCGCUUCCGAUUGGCACAUCUGAAGGAGAUGCUCGCUGUCGCAGAGGAGCUUGGCAUCACUACAGAGACGCAAGCACGCAAGAUAAAGUUCCUGAGCGUUUACUUCGGCGAUGAGCCAUGGAAGGCGGCGUUGGAGCGGAUGCACCGUUUCAAGGAGGGGAUGCCGAAGGAAGCUGCUGAAUGGACAUCUUAUGAAGGAGAUGCUAUCCCGAGGUACGGCGCCCUUUGGCCUUACAAAUUCGUCACCGGCGUCCUCAAACGUCUCCUUGCAGACUUCCCGGAUGACUUCCGGGUUGAGGAAAAUACCGCCGUGACCGCUAUCCACGACGACACUGCCUCCAACGGCCCAAGAUACAAGGUCGAAACAAGCAGAGGCACUAUCACCACCCGACACGUUAUCCACUGCACCAAUGCCCAUGUCAGCCAUCUGGUACCCGGCUUCCGGGGCCGAAUCUUCCCCGUGCGCGGACAGAUGUCAGCACAAACUCCCGGCGACAAGUUCCCCAACCAAGCAGCGCAUCAUUCCUGGCUCUUCAACUACGACCGCGGGUUCGACUAUAUGACCCAGCUGCCGGGCGGGCAGAUGAUGCUCGGCGGGGGCUUUGCCCAGGGCGAAGGCGGUGGUCUAGCGGACCUGGGUGUCUCGACAGACUCUGAUCUUAGUCUUUACAUUGAUAUCCAUUUGUCUGGGGCUCUGCGUGCCAUCUUCGGAGCCAAAGACUGGGGCUGCGUGCAAGGCGACCCAGUGCAGGCGAUGUGGACUGGUAAUAUGGCGUUCAGCUCGGACGGGUUCCCCUGGAUAGGGCGGUUGCCUGGAGCUGUGACAGGUCGGUCUGAGCAUGGGUCUGAAGGAGCUGAGUGGGCGAUGGCGACUAUGUUGCUCGCGCGGGAUGCCUCGCUUAAUGAGACUGUCAGUGCGGAUCUUUCCUGGUUCCCUGAGCAAUUGCUGGUGUCAGAGGAGAGGUUUGCUGAGACGGUGUUGCCGAAAGAGGUCGGUGAUGACGUGCACAGGGCAAAUCUUUAG